UUUUACACGGUCCCUAACUCAUAGUGGCACAAUCCGGUGUCCAGGUGGAGCAAUUUCUGGUUUCCCGGUCAUCAUUCUAGUAAAAAUCCACUCGUAGCCCCUUUCUUACAUUUUCGGAAUUAUGGACCUUUAUCCUUUAUCUAUCUCAGUACAGUCGUGUUAUGUUUGUGACUUCACCUUCUGACACCGAUGGUAUGUAGUGCGGUAUACAGACGCUAGCCUACCUCUCAGUAAGGUUGGUGUAGCCGUACUUAGUACCCCUCUAUUCACCCCGACAUGAAAAGAAACGCUUGUAGAACUUGGCUGCACAGCUUGUCAGUGAAAUUGUGAUGGCAUCUGACACCAGUGAAGCAGCGUCCUCCACCACAGACCUCAAGCUGCAGUUCGCACCCUUUAGCAGUGCUCUGGAGGCAGGUUUCUGGCACCAGCUUACUCAAAGGAAACUUAAUGACUAUAGGCUAGAUGAGAGCCCCAAAAGUAUCAAAGGAUACUACUACAAUGGUGACUCUGAUGGUUUGCCUACUCGUCUGACUUUGGAGUUCAGUGCAUUUGAUGUGGAUGGUCCGACCCCAGCCCAUUGCUGUCCAGCUAUUGGUACGCUGUAUAACACCAACACACUUGAUGCCUUUAAGACCACUGAUAAGAAGGCUCUGUUGGAGAAAGAGGCUAAGGAGAUAUGGGAUGCCAUACAGUCUGGGGCUGCACUGAAGGACCCAUCCGUCCUCUGUAGAUUCAUUCUGCUGACCUUUGCAGAUUUGAAGAAGUACCAUUUCUAUUACUGGUUCUGCUUCCCUGCGCUCUGUUUCUCAGAGGGGAUAAAGAUUAUCCAGCAGCCUUCAGUCCUAGAGCAAGUUUUCUCAGCAAAACAGAUCAUAGCGUUGCAGGAAGCCUACGAUGGCCUGUGUAUCAAAAGUGGGACCACUGCACUUCCUUACUUCCUGAUGAAGUACAAGGAGGACACUGUUCAGUUGGCUCUUCUGGGGGACUGGGAAACAUUCUUCCUUGAUACUAAGAAGGUUACUGUGGGCGUCUAUGAUCCGUGUACUCUGUCUCAGUAUCCGGGCUGGCCUCUGAGAAAUCUGCUGGUCCUCUUAGCUAACCGAUGGGGCUCUAAGCUGGACCAAGUUGAGGUGCUGUGUUUCAGGGACAGAACCUUGCAGGGAAGGCGCUCCAUUCAGCACAGUGUCAUUUUCCAAGUCAAACUACCUAAACUUUCCAAGAACUCGGUGUGUCCAAAGAGUGUAGGUUGGGAGAAGAACCCUAAGGGAGCCAUGGGGCCCAGGAUGGUCAACCUCAGUGAAUGCAUGGACCCCAAAAGGCUUGCAGAGUCGUCAGUGGACCUGAACCUGAAGUUAAUGAGAUGGAGGCUGGUUCCUUCCCUGGACCUGGAUAAGGUGGUCAGCACAAAGUGUCUUCUGCUGGGUGCUGGAACUCUGGGCUGUAAUGUAGCCAGGACUCUAAUGGGAUGGGGAGUGAGACGCAUCACAUUUGUGGACAAUGCAAAGAUCUCGUACUCCAAUCCAGUUCGGCAGCCGCUCUACGAGUUUGAGGACUGUCUAGGAGGAGGGAAGGCCAAGGCCAUGGCAGCUGUUGACCGACUCACUAAAAUCUUUCCUGGAGUGAACGCAGAGGGUUACAAUAUGAGCAUCCCUAUGCCCGGCCACCCAGUGAAUUUCUCUGAGGCCACUCUUUCUAGGGACGUUGAGCAGCUGGAGAAACUCAUUUCAGAACACGAUGUGGUCUUCUUACUUAUGGAUACGCGGGAGAGCCGGUGGCUGCCUACUGUGAUAGCUGCCAGCAAGAGGAAGCUAGUGGUGAAUGCUGCUCUGGGCUUUGACACAUUUGUUGUUAUGCGCCAUGGCCUGAAGAAGCCCCCCAUCAGUCAGAGUAUGUCUGCUGCAGCGGACUCCUCCUCUUCUUGUUCUUCUGCUUCCUCUUCGUCCUCCACGCCAGCUGGCUCUGUGCCCUCCAUCCCAGGAUCCUCUCUGUUCUCCAACAUCCCAGGGCACAAGCUGGGAUGCUACUUCUGCAAUGAUGUUGUUGCACCCGGAGAUUCGACCAGGGAUCGGACUCUGGAUCAGCAGUGCACAGUCAGUAGACCAGGCCUUGCCAUGAUUGCUGGAGCCCUGGCUGUAGAGAUGAUGGUGUCCAUUCUGCAGCACAGUGAAGGAGGCUACGCAGUUGCCAGCAGCAGUGACGACCGAAUGAAUGAACCUCCCACCUCUCUGGGUCUAGUGCCACAUCAGAUCCGAGGCUUUCUUUCGAGGUUCGACAACGUCCUGCCUGCCAGCCUGGCUUUUGACAAAUGCACUGCCUGUUCACCCAUUGUCCUGGAUCACUAUGAGAGGGAAGGCUUCAACUUCCUGUCCAAGGUUUUUAAUUCUUCCCACUCCUUCCUGGAAGACCUGACAGGGCUGACGCUGUUGCACCAGGAGACACAGGCAGCAGAGAUUUGGGAUAUGAGCGAUGAUGAGAGUAUUUGAAGGACUUGAGGAACAAAACCACUAAAGGAAUGGACACUCCAAAUCAUGUUUAAUGCUUUGGUUUUUUUUUUUUUUAUCUCACCUGUACAAAGGAUGAGGUGAGUGGAUGGCUCACUGAGCACUUUGCAGAUAACAGCGGGUACAGUAAUAUUCAUGUACUCAUUAAAACAACUUCCAGAAGUC